CCGCUCUCGCUCACCCUUCUCCGCACAGUAUGGCAGGCAGUAGAAGCCCAGGGUGGAACAACCGCACCAUUCUCUUGGGUGGGUUUGUGGCCAUUGGUGCCCUACUGCUCCUCACCUCACAUAUGGCCCUCUCGUCCGUCCGUCGCGACCCGCCCAUGCUCCAGCAGCGGAGCCAGCCGAAGGCGCUCUCUCGCCUGGAGCGGCUGCUGGAGGAGUUCCGCGACACGCCACACGUUUCGUUGGGCAAGCACGAGGUGACACCAACGCAGGUCGCUGCCUGUGCCCGCAUCCAGGCCACCCCGUUUGGCGACCUCGCAAACGUCGAGAACGCCAUCGCUGACUGGCUCGUCUUUCGCUGCGACGCCGUCCUGGAGCUCGAGCACAAGCUCCAUGGUGACAAGGGCCACAGUCACGAUGGCGAUGGCGAUGGUGACGGCCAUGGAGCUGCAACUACAUCGCUCGAUUCUGGUCACGGUUCUGGCCAUGGCGAGGGUGAGGGCGAUGGCCACAGCCACGAUGGCGACCACAAGGACGGCGAGACGCACACCGUCCACGAUCACGGCACUAACAACGGGGCAGCAAAACCCAUCCUUGCCCGUGGCAAGAUGUUCCCCACCGCCAAGCAUGUCGGCCAGGGUACCGUCGAAUACACCACGCCAUCGGGUGUUGACCUCUCGUACACCAUCCACAUCAACACCGAAGACGCCGCCACCGACAUCGAGCCGGGCCCUGACUGGAUUGCAGUCUGCGUCUCGUCGACCACCCGUGGCAUCAACCCGACGUCGCUCUCGUCACUCUCGCUCUUCUCGCUCAUGCUGCCGUCGCUGGCCCGGACGGUCGAACCAGGCUUCCGCUACCGCGUCGUCAUCAUUCACGACGUGGGCGACGCGUUCUACGAGGACGACGGCACGUAUGCCGCCAUCGAGGACUGGUUCAACUCCCGCAUUGCUCACCCGCUUGCUGCUGCAGACAUCGAGGUCCAACUGCUUAUGGUCUCGUUCACCAACACUCAGCGCAAGCCCGGCCCGGCCUUCAACGUCAUGCUCCGCGCUGCCGCAGACUUUGGCGCCGAGUGGUUCUACCGUAUCAACGACGACUCAGAGUUCGUCGCCCCAUGGGCCGUCGACUUUACCACCACCCUCCUCGCCCUUGGCCAGCCAUAUGGCGCCGUCGGCCCGCUGUGCAAGCAGGGCAACACCGCUAUCCUCACCCACGACUUUGUUCACCGCACACACCUCGACAUCUUCGAGACAUACUACCCGCCUGCCCUCGUCGACUGGUGGAUGGACGACUGGAUCUCGCGCGUCUACGGCGCCAGCCGGACCGUCAAGGUCAACUCGGCCGAAAUCAUCCACCAUACCGACAACCACGGCACCCGCUACCAGGUCGACUUUGCCAACCAGCCCAAGCUUGCCGAAGCUCUCGAGCACGGCAAGAAGCGCAUCGUCGCCUGGAUGGAGGAACACGAUAUCGAACAAGACGUCAUCGACGCCUACAACAACGACAACUUUGUCCACACCGUCCUUGGCGACGAUGCCCUCGCCAAAAUGCUGCCCGAUUCAGAACGUCCCGCCGCCUGCCGCAAGCUCGCCUCAAGCCACGGCGUCGUCCCCAACCAAACCUGGGGCACGCUCUCAGCUGACGACCAGGUCACCUGGAAGGUCAACGACUGCGAUCGCUUUGUCAACUAA